AUGGGCUCCCAAGUUGUUCAAACACUACGACAGGGUGUCUGGGCUUCACUGACCGGCGGAUGGUAUCACGAUCCGGAUCAAAACAAAUUUAACAACUCCUGUCAUCUGUAUUUGUGGAUGUUUUUGCUAAUGUUGCCUCUGUCCCUACAUUUGGCUCUCCCGCCGACUGCCUUGACUCUUAGCAUAUACUGCACUUUGGUGACAGUUAUGUUCAUCCUUAUUAAGAUGGUCAAUUACCGGCUCCAUCUAAUGUUUGACAAAGGGGACAUUGUCGCCCAGAGUAGCAUGUCCGAUGUGAGCAAAGGUGUUGACAAGAAAAGCAAUGCCUCUGAUUCCUGUCUCCCAGCCAACUUGAGGAAGAGCAGCACAGUUCCUGACAGUGUUGCUAUGACAGUAUUGGCCAGGAACAGACCAAGCCCAAUAAUCCAAGUCUCUGUGAAGCAGACAGAAACAGACCCCGGACUUAUUGGAGAGUGUCCAAAAUCAGAAGACUUGCAAAGCAGUGAUGGUAAGUAGGUACCAUAUUUAUAGAACUCAAGACACUUAUGUAAACCCAGAGAGGAGAGUCAAGUUGAGGAGAAGGUGACCCUUGAUGACAUAUGUAAACCCAACUCCCACCAGUCAGGUUCCCUUUUGCGAGAAGAGGAGAAAGCCCAGCCUGACAGGGACACGGCUGAUGAAGGCCUACCCCCUUCCACAGACAGUGAUGAGGAUAGCGAGAAAGAGAUUGAGAAAGAGAAGCCCCAACCAGAUGCAAACAACAACAGUGAUACCAUCUCCUAUGAGGUCCAUGAAGACUUGCAACAAAAAGGUGAGAAGCCAGAGGAGACAUACUGCUCGGAUGAGAUUGCUGUGGUGCUGGUGGAUAACUCGGGCCCUUCUGCCCAUCUCAAUGAGAAUGACACAGUUAAGAUUGUCAUCACCAUGAGCUGUGACCGGCAGACAGCAGCUGAACUAGAGGAGUCAGUCAAACUCAGCAUGCUUGAGUCAGCCAAAGAGCACCAGGCAGGGGCAGCUGGUGACUGCUCAGUCAAAAUCCCCGUCAUCACUUUUGACUCACCCCAGGAGGAGGAGGAGCAAGAAGCUUGCUCUGAGGAUGCCAGGGACAAAUCCUCUCAGGAAGAGAUGAAUCAAGCUGCUGUUCAUCCCACAGAAAAGCCAGUUGGUUCCAGCUUGCAGGAGAUAGAGUCUAAUGAGCAAGAAUUAGAGAACCCUAGUCCCCAGCUUACCAAUGACAAUAGUUCCUCUGGCAUAGAUGUCCAUUCCCACCCAGAUGAAACUGAUGCUCCAGAGCUGAAGCUAGAUGCUGAUGGCUUUCUGCAAAUCCCAUCUGGGUUUGGGAGGUGUGGUCUAGGAGGAAGGACACAUGUGAGGGGUCUCAGCAUGGACAGCGGUAGAGAUGCAGUUCUCAUUGGACACCGAGAAAAAGACAAGCCCCACACCAUGACGUCCUCGAAGUCAGAUUUGGAAGCUAAGGAAGGUCAGCUACCAAAUGAGUCAAAUUUUGUUGAAUUUGUUUCACUGCUGGAGUCCAUCAGCAACACCAGAGGUUCAGGUGGAAGCCAACCUGAGGAGGGACUUGAAGAAAAGGAUAAAAAUGAAAAAGAGGCUGGUACAAAUGAUAAGAAGCCAGAAACUGAGAGACAGCAGGAGCGUCCAAACCCUCCCAAGAGUCUAGCUACUGACACAUUGCAUGCCACCCCUGAAAAGCUUAUUCCCAUUGUAUCUCCAGAUAGCCCCCAGACAGACAAAGAUAAGGACCCAGAUUACGAUUCUCUGCCUUCGCAAACUUCCCAGUCUGAGAGUUCCAUGCUACAAAUCAUCUGUCGACCAGAGGCGACCUCCAAAGAGGAAGCAUACACUUUUCAUACAGUUCACAGGGAAAGACCACGAAAACUGUAUGCAGAAAGAGCACUGAAUCUUCCUCUUGGAGCAGAGCUCAUUACUGGCAACAUAUGUGAUCUGCUCUCUACAUCCUCCAACUCUGAGUGCCAAGAUGGGCUAGUGGGUGGGCAUUCUGAAUGCCCAUUCCAGCGUCGUAUUAUUCCGGCUCACAGACUACGGCCUAGGAGAAACCACCCAGAAAUUUUCCAGGAAGAGGACUCUCUUGACGAAUCCUCAGAGACUUCCACCCAGGAGAAGCCCUCACGCAAGCUUUACUAUAAGCUAAAGGUCUUUCCUGGAAAGUGGGUGAACAUCUUGUAUGAUCGCCUGACCUUGCUUGCAUUAUUUGACAGGAACCAGGAUGUUACAGAAAACAUGCUUGCUGUGUUCUUAGCUUUCCUGGUGGCUUUUCUGGGUUUUGUGCUCCUGAAUCAUGGUUGUUUCAAAGAUCUCUGGGUUUUCCAGUUCUGUCUGGUUAUUGCCAGUUGUCAUUACUCCUUAUUAAAGAGUGUCCAACCAGAUGCAGCGUCACCAACACAUGGACACAAUCAGAUUGUUGCCUAUAGUCGUGCUGCUUAUUUCUGUAUCUUCUGUGGCCUUAUUUGGAUUCUGGAGUUGAUGUUGAAAAAGGCAGACCUCCCUGUGUCUACUAUGUAUGGCAUAAGAAUAGUACUGUCAGAUGCUCUGACUUUUGUCCGGGACAUUUUAGUGGGUUUCACGUGCUGUUUCCCAGUUAUUUUUCUUCUUGGCCUCCUUCCACAAAUCAAUACCUUUGUAAUUUAUUUCCUGGAACAAAUUGAUAUGAACUUUUUUGGUGGAACAGCUGCAACUGGACUCUAUUCAGCAGUCUACAGUAUAGUGCGAAGUCUAGUGGCAUUAUCCAUAAUGUAUGGAUUCUGUCUCGGUGCUCUGAAGGAACCCUGGGAUGAACAACACAUCCCAGCAUUGUUCUCUGGGUUUUGUGGCCUUCUGGUGGUCUUCUCAUACCAUCUCAGCAGGCAAAGCAGUGACCCUUCUGUGCUUAUAUCUUUAAUCAAGACAAAGCUGAUGCCAGCCUUGGAUGAUGGUGAGAAAGAAGAUGAAGUCUCUGUGGAGAAUUCAGAUCCUCUGCCUGAGAAGAUGAGAAAUUCAGUGACAGAAAUUUUACUUUCAGAUCUGGUGGUUUGCACUGUUGCAGCGGUGUUGACAUUUGCAGUUACCGCCAGCACUGUCUUCUUAUCUCUGAGGCCCUUCGUCACCAUAGUGCUAUAUGCCCUCGCUGCAACUGUGGGAUUCUUCACUCACUAUCUAAUCCCCCAGUUACGGAAGCAUCAUCCGUGGCUCUGGAUCUCCCACCCUGUGCUGAAAAGUAAAGAAUAUGCCCAGUUUGAACCAAGAGAAGAUGCACAGUUGAUGUGGUUUGAGCGUGUCUAUGUGGGGUUACUCUUUUUUGAGAAGUAUGUUGUCUACCCUGCCAUUGUCCUCAGUGCUCUUACCAAUGAUGGCUUUGUCCUCAGCCAUCGUAAAAAGCUUGGGAUCUACUGUGAUGUCUUGUUGAUGACAGUUGCUGGGAUGAAGCUCCUUCGUGCCUCCUUCUGCAAUCCCAGCUACCAGUUCCUCACGCUCAUCUUCACCAUCGUUUUCUUUGAGUUCGACUGCAGCAGGGCCUCUGAGACGUUCCUACUCAACUUCUUCAUCAUGUCCAUCAUUUUCAACAAGCUAUGGGAUCUUCUGCACAAGCUUCAUUUCAUCAUGGUGUACAUUGCUCCAUGGCAGAUUGCAUGGGGUAGUGCGUUUCAUGCAUUUGCACAACCCUUUGCUGUACCUCACUCUGCCAUGCUGUUGCUGCAGACUGUCCUCACCACCCUCUUCUAUGCUCCUCUUAGUCCCUUCCUAGGCAGUGCCAUUUUCAUCACCUCCUACCCACGGCCCGUCAAGUUCUGGGAGAGGAACUACAACACCAAACGAAUCGACAACUCCAACAGCAGACUGGUUUCUCAAGUUGACAAGGAAACUGGCUGUGAUGAUAAUAACCUGAACUCCAUCUUCUACGAAUACCUGACUCGGUCGCUGCAACACUCGCUUUGUGGUGACCUUAUGCUUGGUCGCUGGGGCAACUACAGCUCUGGAGACUGCUUCAUCCUGGCCUCUGACUACCUCAAUGCCUUUGUGCACCUCAUCGAAGUUGGCAAUGGAUUGGUCACUUUCCAGUUGAGAGGCCUUGAGUUCAGAGGUACUUACUGCCAGCAGAGGGAGGUGGAGGCCAUCACUGAGGGAGUAGAGGAGGACGAUGCAUGUUGCUGCUGUGAACCAGGGCACCUCCCUCAUGUGCUCUCUUGCAAUGCUGCUUUUAACCUGCGCUGGCUGGCCUGGGAGGUCACCACUACCAAAUAUCUACUGGAGGGCUACAGCAUUAGUGAGAACAAUGCUGCCACCAUGUUACAGGUCUAUGACCUGCGCAAGCUGCUCAUCACUUAUUACCUGAAGAGUAUCAUCUAUUACCUGGUAAACCAUCCAAAACUGCAGACCUGGAUUAAGGAGCAAUCUAUGCAGGAAGCCCUGCAGGCCUAUACCAAGUGGCAUCACAUUGAGAGGGACCCAGCUGUGUUCAGUGUGAAGAUAGAUGAGGACUAUGUGCACUGCCUGCAGGGUGUUACACGCGCCAGCUUUUGCAAUGUCUACCUUGAAUGGAUUCAGUACUGUGCCAGCAAACUGGAGGAGCCAGUGGACUGUGAUGAAGACUCUCCGCUGGUCACCCUGUGCUUUGCUUUAUCUGUUCUGGGCAGGAGGUCUUUAGGCACUGCUUCACAUAACAUGUCCAACAGCUUGGAGUCUUUCUUGUAUGGUUUCAACACCUUGUUCAAAGGAGACUUUCGCAUUGCCACUAAAGAUGAGUGGGUAUUUGCUGACAUGGACUUACUACAGAAAGUGGUUGCCCCUGGUGUCAGGAUGAGUCUUAAGCUUCACCAGGACCAUUUCACAAGCCUGGAGGAGACAGAGGAGCCGGCAGUCUUAUACGAGGCCAUCAGCACCUACAACACAAACCUUGUCAUCUGCCAUGAGAGCGACCCAGCCUGGAGGAAGGCAGUGCUGUCCAGCCGUGACAUGCUGCUCACACUCCGCCACAUGGUGGAUGAUGGAACAGAUGAAUACAAGAUCAUCAUGCUCUACAAGCGUCACCUCAGCUUCAAAGUCAUUAAGGUCAAUAAAGAAUGUGUGCGGGGACUGUGGGCUGGGCAGCAGCAGGAGCUGGUGUUCCUUCGUAACCGUAACCCAGAGCGGGGGAGCAUUCAGAACUCCAAGCAAGCCCUACGCAACAUGAUCAACUCCUCAUGCGACCAGCCGCUGGGAUAUCCCAUGUAUGUCUCGCCACUCACCACCUCCUACAUGGGGACCCACAAGCAACUGAGGAGUGUCUGGGGUGGGCCCCUCAGUCUAGACACUCUCCAUGGUUGGCUCUGCACCAGGUGGCUGCGUGUCAGGAAAAAUACUUUGACAAGCUGCAACAGUGGCGUGAACAUGGAAGAUGUAGACUGCGCUGGGUCCUCACAGAGUCAGAACCCAAACUCUGUCACCUCCCAAAGCCUGAGUCUCAGCCAGGCCCGGCCCAGGAGCUCCCAGACGAACAGACAUCAUAGCCGGCGUGAGUACCGCAGUCGUUCGGUGCAACCUCAAACCCAACGUCCACCUGUCACCAGCCGCUCUGGUCCCAUCCUGGACAGCCAGCAGGCCUCGGGCGGCGCCGACGCGGGCGCGGGCCCGGCUCAGCGGCUUUCCAACAGCCAGCUGUCCUUCAAUACCUCCUCCAUCGCCUCCGUCUUCUCCCAGGUUCCCCGUCUGUCGGUGGCCAUGCAACAGCAGCAACGCUCAAGCCAGGUGUCUUCGUCCAGCUCCACGCUCAGCCUCCUCUUUGGCAAGCGCAGCUUUUCCAGUGGCCUGGUUAUCUCCGGCCUGUCGGCAGCUGAGGGAGGCAACACGAGUGACACGCAGUCUUCCAGUUCGGUCAACAUUGCUCUGGGGCCCUCCUGCCGUUCCACCAGCCGUGCCACGCAGUGGACAUCAGAGCCCUAUGAAAGUAUUGAUGCCACCAAUUCCAAUGUGAUCACGGGGCCCAAAGACAGCUCUUUGUCAAGUGAUAAAGCCAGCGCUCAGGGCGUAGACAAAAACCAAGAGGAAUCACUGUCAGCCUCUAAUGAGAUCCAAGAACAAGAGACUAUUUGA